AUGGUCAACCCCACCGUGUUCUUCAAUAUCGCCGUGGACAGCGAGCCCUUGGGCUGCGUCUCCUUCGAGCUAUUUGCAGACAAAUUUCCAAAGACAGCAGAGAACUUCCGUGCCCUGAGCACUGGGGAGAAAGGAUUUGGUUAUAAAGGUUCCUGCUUUCACAGGAUUAUUCCGGGAUUUAUGUGCCGGGGGGGGGGGGGGGGGGGGGGGGGGGGGGGGGGGGGGGGGGGGGGGGGGGGGGCGGGGGACUUCCCACGCCAUAACGGCACUGGAGGCAAGUCCAUCUAUGGGGAGAAGUUUGAUGAUGAGAAUUUCAUCCUGAAGCACACGGGUCCUGGCAUCCUGUCCAUGGCCAACGCUGGACCCAACACGAACGGUUCCCAGUUCUUCAUCUGCACUGCCAAGACCGAGUGGUUGGAUGGCAAGCACGUGGUCUUCGGCAAGGUCAAAGAGGGCAUGAACAUCGUGGAGGCCACAGAGCGCUUUGGGUCCAGGAACGGCAAGACCAGCAAGAAGAUCACCAUUGCUGACUGUGGACAGAUCUAGGAAAUCCGACUCGUGUUUUAUCUUAACUAUCAGACCAUUCCUUGUGUAGCUCGAGAGAGCACCCCUCCACCCCCACCUGCUCGAGAUACCCCAGAAUCUCUGUGCUCUCGCUGCAGUUCUGCGGGCUCCAUGGUUCCUUCUCC